AUGACGGGGAAAGCAGGGGAAGCGCUGAGCAAGCCCAAAGCGGAGACAGUGGCCAAGAGUGCCCCGGGGGGCGGCCCGGCCAAGUGCACGGGUUUCGGCAUCCAGGAGAUCCUGGGCUUGAACAAGGAGCCCCCCAGCUCCCACCCGCGGUCCGCCCUCGACGGCCUGGCCCCUGGGCAUUUGCUGGCGGCGCGCUCGGUGCUCAGCCCCGCAGGAGUGGGUGGCAUGGGGCUGCUGGGGCCCGCGGGGCUCCCCGGCUUCUACGCGCAGCCCACCUUUCUAGAAGUGCUGUCCGACCCGCAGAGCGUCCACUUGCAGCCGCUGGGCAGAGCGACGGGGCCGCUGGACACCAGCCAGACGGCCAGCUCCGGUAGGACAAUCUUUACCUCCUACCAGUUAGAGGAGCUGGAGAAGGCCUUCAACGAGGCCCACUACCCAGACGUCUAUGCCCGGGAGAUGCUGGCCAUGAAGACGGAGCUGCCGGAGGACAGGAUUCAGGUCUGGUUCCAGAACCGCAGGGCCAAGUGGCGGAAGAGGGAGAAAUGCUGGGGCCGGAGCAGCGUCAUGGCGGAGUACGGGCUCUACGGCGCCAUGGUGCGGCAUUCCAUCCCCCUGCCCGAGUCUAUUCUCAAGUCGGCCAAGGACGGCAUCAUGGACUCCUGUGCCCCGUGGCUGCUGGGGAUGCACAAAAAGUCGCUGGAGGCAGCAGCCGAGUCGGGGAGGAAGCCCGAGGUGGAGCGCCAGGCCCUGCCCAAGCUUGACACGAGGGAGCAGGAGGAGCGGGGCCCUGACCCCCAGGCGGCCAUCUCCCAGGAGGCACUGAGGGAGAACAGCAUUGCAGCACUCCGAGCCAAAGCUCAGGAGCACAGCACCAAAGUGCUGGGAACUGUGUCGACUCCCGACAGCCUGGCCAGGAGUGCCGAGAAGCCGGAGGAGCAGGAGGCGGCAGCCGAGGAGGACAUGGACCAAGACAGGCCCACGGAGAAGCUGAGUGCACUGCAGCUCCAGGACAUGGCUUAG